AUGCCAUUGAUCGCCGUUUCCCAAUGUUCACAUUCAAACCUGGCGGUACUCUGUGCAAGCACGGGGCAACCGGCGAGGUGCCGGUUCAUCGGAGAUGAUUUUGCCAUGGUAUUUCUUCUUCGUGCCCAACGAGGCCUCACCAUUCUCCCCAGCGCCAUCACUGUGCCCAGGAAUUGCUUUUUCGUGUGA